AUGGUGGCGCAGUGGGUAGUGCUGUUGCCUUGGGUUCGAUACCUGGCCAGUAUGGAGGGGAGUGACUCUCAGAGACCUCCGGUUUUGUACGUGGCCAUGGUUAAACAUGAGUUUGUGUGGAACAGAACACAGAGGACUCAGGACCACACCGGACAACGUGGAAGACGUAGCAGAUCCCCAUACAGGGGAGCCCAGAGAAGGAGGGCAGUUUCCCACAGCACAUCUGGCCUCCUCUCCAGCCCCACUGGCCGUAUCCAGCUGGACCGUAACUGCGAUGCUGUAGGAUUUUCCUCUGGCUACUCCUCGGAUGAGGAGGUUUCCCACUGGCCCAGGACCGACAGCAGCCGCAGUUUGGCCCAGUCUCCUGCAGAGGCAGGGAUUGGAUUCACAGAGUCACUCCGUUCCCCAGACACACCGCUGCCACGAAGAGGGCUACUCUCCUCUUCCUCCUCAUCUCUCUCUUCAUUUUUGGACCAGAUAUCCCAUGUUACUUUGUUGGCUAUAAAGGAGCAGAUCUAUGCUGACCUUCAUAAACAUGAGGCCAAAUGGUCUGAGAGCAGAGACAAAGAUUUGGAGAAAUUAAUGAGGGAGAUUACGCUGUUAAAACAGGACAGAGAGACACAGAGGCUUAUGACUGAGAGGCUGAAAACUGACAUGGCGAAUCUGAGGGUGGGAGCAGAGAAUGUGGAGUCUGAUGUGCACAGGCAGUGGGAACAGGAGAUGACUGAAAUGCACAGUCAGAUUACUGGCUUAAAAGAACAUGUGUCCCAUCUCCAGUCAACUUCUGGCCUACUUCAACAGAGACUGGACACACAGGAGAAUCAGCAUGCUGAGAUGACCCCUGGACGGAAGCUGGAGGUUCCUAGUUGGCUGUUGAAGUUCCUGUCUUCAAGAUUAGUUGUCACUUACCUGAAUUUGGUAAAGUGGCCAGAUCUCCAGAGGGAACUGGAGGAUCUGGAAAAGAGACUACUGGAGCGCCUGAGGCAGGACAGAGAGGAGCAGAAGACAGGUGUGUGGAGAAGUGUGGGAGAGACUCUCCGACAGGAAGGAGCGGGAGCCGUCACCAUCCAGGACAUGGAGCAGAUAGUACGUAGAGCCCUGAGUCUGCACAGAGCCGACGGGAUCGGGAUGGCAGACUACGCUCUGGAAUCUGCAGGCGCGAGUGUAAUAAACAGCCGUCGUUCUGAGACGUACCAGACCAGGGCAGCGUACUUGAGUCUGUUUGGGCUCCCUUUGUUUUAUCUGUCAGAGAGCCCUCGUACCGUUAUACAGCCUGAGGUCCACCCCGGAAAAUGCUGGGCUUUCCGUGGUAGCGAGGGAUUCUUGGGGAUAUCUCUGUCCUACCCAGUCCAGAUCACUCACGUUACCCUGGAACAUCUUCCAAAAGUCCUCUCUCCGCUGGGACAUAUCGACAGUGCACCACGGGACUUUGCCGUUUAUGGUAUGACCAGUGGGAAUGAAGAGGGAACUCUUCUCGGGAGGUUCACAUACGACCGUGAAGGAGAGUCCAUUCAGACUUUCAAACUGCCGGACCCUCAGGGACAGAUUCACAAGAUGGUGGAGCUCCAUAUCCUGAGUAACUGGGGACACCCCGAGUAUACUUGUGUUUACCGGUUUCGGGUUCACGGGAAACCAUUGUCCACCUGA